AUGAAAAUAGCGGUUGAGGGAUGUGCCCAUGGAGAGCUGGAUGCAAUAUACGAGACGUUGACAUACAUUAUGGAAAAGGAAGGGAUCAAAAUAGAUUUAUUGAUAUGCUGCGGAGAUUUCCAGUGUCCUAGGAAUGAGCGAGACUUGGAGUCGAUGGCUGUUCCAAACAAGUACCUAUCCCUUGGAUCUUUUUACAAAUACUAUACGGGUGAGAAAAAAGCACCCGUCCUUACGUUGUUUGUACACGGAAAUCAUGAAUCAAUCAACUAUUUGAAGGAGCUAUAUUUCGGCGGAUGGGUAGCUCCUAAUAUAUACUACAUGGGUUACUCGGGUGUUGUCAAUGUAAAUGGGAUUCGAAUUGGCGGGUUAAGUGGAAUUUAUAAAGAGCACGAUUAUUAUCGUGGACAUUAUGAAGUCCCUCCAUACACAUCAUCGUCAAUUCGGAGUGCCUACCACAUUCGUGAAUUUGAAGUUUACAAACUUUCCCACAUAUCUGGAAAAUUGGAUAUUAUGAUCAGUCACGACUGGCCUCGUGGUAUCUAUCAAUUUGGAGAUGUUUCUCAACUUUUGAAAAAAAAACCCUUUUUCCGUCGCGAAAUAGAAUCGAACACUUUAGGAAAUCCGGCCGCAGAAUGGCUAUUGAAUGUUCUCCGACCAUCUUAUUGGUUUGCGGCCCAUUUGCAUGUCAAAUUCCCAGCCUUAGUACUCCAUGAAAAUGGUCAAACGACUCGAUUUUUGGCACUAGAUAAGUGUCUCCCACGACGAUCUUUUCUUCAAAUUCUAGAUUUCCCGUCUUCUCAACUGCCCACUUCUGCCGUUGAAUACGAUCCAGAAUGGCUCGCUAUCUUAUAUGAGUCUCAAAAAAUUUACAGCACAUCCUAUCAAACCAUUCGGUACAAUCAAAAAUUAGAUUUGACCAAUGCACGCCAACAUAUUCAAGCUCGCUUGACCGACUUGGCAUCUUGCCAGGCUUUCCCCUUUCAGCCAGAAUCAGAACCCCCUACUCUAGCUGGACCGUUUGAGAACUCGCAGACACGCCUGUUCAUCGAGGCCUUUCAGCUUCCGAGUAACACCCUUUGUGCUGACAUAGAAAAAAAGGAGCCUCCGACUUGCGAUCAAAAGUCGCACGAGAACCCAGAGGAGAUUCUGAUUGAUUUGUGAACAACGAGAGCCUCCUCGACAACUGCGUGCAUUCCUCGUUGUCUAGAAACAAAAAGUAGUGUAUGUAUAUAGCAGUUGUAUAAGCACUCUGUGCGUACAUCGUGCUCAUUCCAUAUGAUUAUGUAUGACGGGAGCGUGUAUCACAACGGCGUGGCACGCUUUGCAUAGUGCGUGUGUAUACGUACUAUAUGUGCAUCUAAUGUUACAUGUACUCCACGCGCUCAGG